AUGACCUACUACGAAGUCUUCAAAGGUGGCGCGUUCGUCGACCAUCUCUGGGUUCUCCAGCGCGCUGCACCAGGUCCUGUGGCCCGUGUUGGCCCUAAUCAACUGCACUUCAACAGUCCCGAGGCGUACGAUGGAAUCUACACCCGCGGCUCGCAGUUCAUAAAGGAUCCACGGACAUACAAAGCUUUCCAUCAGGACGACGCGUCGUUGUACAUCAUCGACCAGCGCGAGAUCAAGACUCGACGGGACAUCCUGAAGCCGCUCUUCUCGCGGCGAACGAUCUUCCAGCCCGAGCAUGUCAUACAGGCAAAGGUCAACAAACUGCUCGCUAAGCUCGCGGACGACGUCGCCAUGCAUACUCCCGUGAACAUGCGCCUCGCGUGCCAGUCCACGGCGCAGGAGCUCAUCUACGACUCCGCGGCCGGCUUUGCACACCAGACUAUCGUCAGCUCCGAGACCUCAGCCCCUCUUUUUCUCCUCCUCGUUCACUUACCAUGGAUCUUCUGGGUCAUCGUCUACGGCUCAAAGCUCGUCGCCGCGCUCCGGGGGAACCACAAGGGGGCGAUCUGCAAUUUGUUUGCCAAGCUCAAAAGCAAGAUCGAGGACAUGCCGAGGGAUCUGCCGCUCCUUGAGAAGGAAGGCCAAGAGACGGUCUUCCACCACUUGAUGAAGCCACACCCGGAGAAGGGCCAGUACGAGAUUCCGCUGGUCAAGGCACUGUUCGAGGAGGCGGUCACCCUCGUCGUCGCGGGCAUCUAUACGAUCGAGGAUGAAGGAGAGGCUGCGGGGGGCGUGGCCGGAUAUCGACGCCCCUGUGCGCCGGAGGUGCUCCAGAAGCUGCCUUACUUGACAGCAGUCAUCAAAGAGAUGGUCCCUGCCGGUACAGCAGCGGCGAUGGCCUCGUCGUUCGUACACCUCGAAUCGGCCAUCUUCCUCGACCCCGGCCUUCAAGCCGGAGCGUUGGCUCAAUAA